AUGUCUGAUUUGUCCAUUGCACCGCGUCAUAGUCUGUCGGACACUUCCUUGAGGGAGCUACUCACAUCCUCCUAUCCGUCCACGAAAGACAUUCGGACUCCAACUGAUGAUUUGAAUGCUGAUCUCAUCAUUACGACUUCUUACACCAACGACCAUGAAACCCAAGCAGAUGGCUUUAUGAGAGAGCUAUCAUCACUUGGUUCAGGAACAACAGUAUACCAACCAUUCGCACCAUCAUGUGAUGAUUUCCUGGUGAAGCUCCUAAAACCAACGGUGUCUAUAAGCAUAGAUCUACCUUCAAUUGACCUUUGUUGGCAUGAACAUGACAGACAAAAUGAGCCAUUUUGUAAAGAGGGUGGCAAAAUACCUCGUUUUGUGGGCAAAGAGCAAUAUCCUCAACCUGAUACUUUCACCAAGAAAGCAACUGAUGAUGAACUCCUUAAGGAGCAUCAGACAUCAUCGGGAAGCUGCAAGAAGCCACAGGCCGAAUCCAGUAUUCUCAUGGCAGUCAAACGCAGUCCGGUAGUUCCAUUCGUCUCAAGGAAAUACUGCAUAACCGAAAUAUAUGAAGAGAAACAGAUGGGAGAAUCCGCAUCAUCUUGUCAUGGACCAUCCUUGAAGUCAAAGACAGAUUUGAUAUCUGGACAAAUUCCUCCUCUCUCCGAACUACUUCUCUUGAAAUCUGGUGAUGUAGAGCUCAACCCAGGCCCUCGUGAAGCGGCUGGGUGGAGCUUGGAGUUAGAGAGAGAGUUGCUGUCAUUGGUAAAAGACGUUUCUCCGGAACACUACUACGACUUGUGCAAUGCUCUAGAUGUCUCCUACGCACAAAGUAAAGUGAUUUUAACAAAAAACCUCUUAGAUGUGUCCAAUUCACUGUUUGAAGUCAUCUGCAGCUGGGGAGUCAACCAGAGGAAUGGCACUAAUUACAAGAGACUUCUAGCUGAAAAACUCAAGAGUGUACAUUUAGAUGCAUUGGGAACAAAACUAGUAGAAGGUGGAUACUCGACACAAGACACCCCAACUCAGUAUCCAACACUGGAUACUUCCCAACCAAACAUGACUGAGGCACAGGUUCUUCAGUGUGGUGAAGAAUUGAAGACAUUCUAUCGCGAAAAAAUGUGCAAAAUCAAACCAGACCCGCUUGAUUUCAAUAUCAUCGUUGAAUUCCAGCAAAUUUACACGAACUUAACGCUGCUCAGGAAAGAAAUGGGAACAAAGAGAACCGAAAUGCCACUGGAUUACACUGAUCUUCUUACUACACAGAUUAAUGGGGCACCUCCCAAACGUCUUCUGGUUGAAGGUGAAGGUGGCGUUGGUAAAACUACCUUCUGUUCGAAGAUUGCAUGGGAUUGGGUUAAUGGAUCUCCAGAGUUUCAGUGCUUCAGUUGGGUUCUGGUUAUACCCCUGCGCAACGUUGUCAAGGGUCAGACAAUUGGUGAUAUUAUGAAAAACUAUCUCUCUGACAAUAAUGUUGUAAACCCUAAACAGAUCAAUAAUUACAUAUUGUCUCAACCUACAAAGGUUCUGAUUGUACUUGAUGGACUCGAUGAGUAUGAUGGGGACCUCUCUGCCAAAGAAAGGUCGGAUAUUUCUCAGAUUCUACGAUUCGAGAAAUUCAAGCAAUGCACAGUUCUGGUGACAACAAGACCGUGGAGGGCGAAUAAAAUCAAAUCCAACAAAGGAUUGAGUAGGUCGUAUGCUUUCAUUGCAAUAAAAGGAUUUAGUGCUAAAAAUGUCUCGACGUACAUUAGCAAGUACUUUGUUAAAGAUAAAACCGCGGGAUCAGAACUUGGUCGGUUUAUUGAAGUGAAUGACGUAAUCAAGGAGAACAUGGCUCCUUUCCCAAUUUACGUAGCAAUGCUAUGCAUAUUAUGGGAAAAUUGUGACAGUGAGAAACGAGAAAAAUACGCAGACUGA